GUUUUGAGAGAACCAGAACGGAUCAGUUCUAUUGUAGAUUUUGGGUAGUUAGUAAUAUUCGCAAAACAAUCACUGCGAGCACGGUUCUCAGCGAACGCAACAUGUGGUAGCAGUAGCAGCGAGGAUCAGUGACAUAUAUAGCGAUAGUGUACAAUUUGUAUCCUCUAGAAAACUAAAACGGCAGAGGAUCAAGCUUGCCAGCUUUAACAUCGAUAAACAUGACGCGGUUAGCAGUCUUAUUAGCGUUCUGUGCUAUAUGCAGAGUAAACUGGGCACAAAAUGGCUAUAAUUAUGACAGGCCCGAUUCUGGAUUAGGAAUCGCCAGCACCAGUCGACCAGGUUUCCCCGGAACCAGCGCAUCGGGAUACCCCUCUCCGUCAGGAUUCGGUGGUGCGGCGGGACCAACUACGCCUUCCUAUCAAUUCGGAAGCACGGGAUAUCCUUCCGGCAGACCAUCCAUUCCUGCCUUCGGGCAACCGGGGGCAUCAGGACCUGCCUUUGGACAACCAGGAGCAGCAGGACCCACCGGGAGCGCUGGGUAUCCUGGUGCAGGUCAGCCUGAUUUCACUGGAACGGGAUCGUUUCAAGGUACAUCAGUUGGGGGAACUGGAUUUGGCAGCGUAGGAACCGGGCCUGGAUUUGCUGGCGACAAUGUCGGCUUUCCAUCAGGUGGAUCUCGCCCAGCUACUGGAGGCGCUGGACAACAACGGCCUACUGGCGGUGUAGGUGCGGUGCAACCAAGUCGUUCUGGACCCAGUGGUCCAGACUCUAUUGGACAGCCUGGAUCUUCUGGCAAUGAUGGACAAUACGAAGGUGGUGACUACUCGGCUAUUCCUGGAGAGCCAGGUGUAGAUUAUCCAAUUUUCUCUGAAAUACCUCAAACUUCAUUUGAUUGUAACCAGCAACCUUACCCCGGAUACUAUGCUGAUGUGGAAGCUCAGUGUCAAGUAUUCCAUAUAUGUGCCCUCAAUCGUACUUUCAACUUCCUGUGUCCAAAUGGAACUAUCUUCAGCCAGGAGCAUUUCGUUUGUGUUUGGUGGAACCAAUUUGACUGCGCUAGUGCACCAGGAUUGUUUGAGAAAAAUGCAAAUCUCUAUGAUACUCCACAAGGGAGUCGUCUGCCUUCUGAUGGAUUUGCUGGAGUACAACCAGGAACCGCACCAGGAAUAAGUGGCCCAACUGGACCCACUGCAGGUGGAGCACCUUAUCCAGGACGAACUCAAGGUGGACGACCCUCAGGAGUUCCAAUCGGCGGACUACCUGGAACUGCUCCUAUUGGUGUUCCAGGUGGUUCACCUGUGGGAUCACCUGGAGGUGUACCACUCGGACAACCAGGAACUGCUCCUGGAUAUCCAACUGGUCCAGCUGGUGGAUACCCUGGUGCUCGACCAGUAGGUGGGUUCCAGCAAGGUGGACAACUUCCAUCUAAUGUGCCUCCGGGCUAUCCUGCUGCCGGUGCUCCAACAGGACCUUCUUUCCCAAGUGGUCCAAGUCAACAAGGAUACCCUGCAUCAGGUCAACCGGAUGGACAGUUUGCUCCCUCCCCGCAAGCUCCUACCCGAGAGUAUCUUCCUCCAAGGCAAGGGUGAAGCUGAACAAAUGUAUUUUUAAUAACUUACAGGUACGGGCAAUUUAUUUAUAUUAGGCUUAACUUUACUACGAAUAAAAUGUUGGGACUUGCCAAAGUGAGGUGAAAUAGAUCUUAGUAAGCAAGUUAUCAAAUACUAAUAUUGAAAAUGAUCAAGACUAUAAACCAUCAUGGCUUUAGUUAGGAAUGCAUUUACUAAACAGUAUUCAAGCUAUAACAAAAAUAAAGAUUCUUCCAGUAUAGCAGUAAUUCCUUAUGGUGGUUUGAUCUACUAACAUAAUGUAAGAAGUAUAAUGCGACAGGUACACUAGGUGACUUAUUGUUAUACUGAUCAUAUGUUUUUACUUGGAAGCCAUUGUGAAUACUCACUCGCAAUUGAUGUUGCAAUAAAAAUAAAGCAAAAUAAAACUGUAA